CUUUCUUCCUCUUCGGAUGCUGCAGUUGUUGCUUCCUGGUAUGAAGUUGAAGUCUUUGUCUGAAGCAGAGUGACACGUUGUCAGUGCUGGAUGUGAGGAUGGGACACACUUUGCUCUGUGUGCUGGGGUUAUUGUUUACAACUUUAUUUUGAUACGGAGUGGAAGUUUUUCUGUGGGUAGAACAACAGAGUGUCAGCGCUGGAUGUGAGGAUGGGCCACACUUUGCUGUUUGUGCUUUUGUUAACUCUGUUGAACACUCUUCUCUUCUUGGGGCAUUCUCAAGAUGCUGUGCUGACUACUGACCCACACUGGUCCACUUUUUUCUCUGGCGAGUCUGUUACAUUCAUAUGUGACAUGAAGGAAGGAAGGGGCGCUGACUGGGAAUACACAAUCUACAAGGAUGGUCAAGAAUUUGUUCUCUUCAACACACAUCAACACCAUGGCCUCAAAUCUUUGGUGACAAAUGACAGUGGGGAAUAUCAGUGCUGUGGCCGCCGGACGAGGUCGAAUGAUACAAAGCUUAGUAAUACAGUCUCUUUUGCUGUAUCAGACAAACCCAAGGUCACACUGAUACCAGGGGCAACAACCAUACCAGUAGGAGGCAGAGUGACACUGACCUGCUCUGUGGAGCCCUCUGCUGGAUGGAAAUAUGAGUGGUUCAGACGUACCCCAGGAACCUCUGAUGUUCAAGUCAUGACAAAUGAUGGAGAAAACAGAGUUGUCAGUGUAUCAAAAGGAGGAAUCUACUGGUGCAGAGGAGGAAGAGGCGAACCAGUUUAUUACAGUCAUACUAGCGAAGAUGUCACCAUUGAGAUAACCUUUUCCAACAAGGCUGUUGCAAAACAACACCCCAACUGGCCUCAGAUAUUCAGAGGUGAGAAGAUCACUCUGAUAUGUGAGGUCCAGGGAGGUGACGACACUGAGUGGAAGUACGAAUGGAGAACACCCAGGUCAUCUACACACUGGACAUACAAUAAAUACUGGACUUUCACUGCUUCUGAUUCCAGCAGUGGAGACUACAUGUGUAAGACCAGACUCAGAAAUGACUCAUAUUCUUCAACAGAGUGGAGUAAAGCCAUCACAUUGUCAGUGUUUGGUAAACCCCAACCUGUCCUCUCUGUGUCUCCAUCAUGGCUGAGUUCUGGGACAAACUUGUCUAAAACCUGA